AUGCCUUGCCGCCCUGCAAUUAGCUCGCACUCUCUCGGCCGCGCAUGGGUACACUCCAUGCCUUCGAAACUCGACCAAGCCGCCAAGCACGGCUUCGACAUUGAGCUCUUCUACGAAGACCUCGAGUACGUCGCCAAAUCUUACCCGGGCGGAGUCACUGCGACCAACCUUCUCCUCGCCGCUCAGACUGUCCGCUCGCUCUGCGUUGAACGCGGCAUUGCAAUCGUGUGUCUACAACCCUUCAUGCAUUACGAAGGCCUCCGAGAUCGUCAGUGCCAUGCCCAACGCGUCAAGGAGAUGCAUCUAUGGAUCCAAUUAGCACACGUGCUAAACACGCACAUCAUAUCCAUCCCCUCAAGCUUCCUGCCUGUGGACCAAGCGAGCGGUGACCUCAAACUCAUCAUCUCUGACUUGCGCAAAGUAGCGGAUUUGGGAGCGCCAGAAGGCAUCCAAUUCGCCUACGAAUCUCUAGCCUGGGGUACCUAUUCCGACACUUGGGAGCAAAGCUGGAAAAUAGUGCAACUAGUCGACCGACCAAACUUCGGCCUCUGCUUGGAUACGUUCAACAUGGCUGCGCGAAUAUACGCCGACCCUACCGCACCACACCGACGCACUCCAAACGCGGAGGCAGCGACCAAGGCAUCCGUAGACCGACUCGUGCGUACCGUGGACGUGAGCAAGAUCGUCUACGUGCAGGUAGUGGACGCCGAAUACCUUACUCAACCACUCAUCGAAGGGCACGAGUACUAUGAAGCAGGACAGCCGGCCCGGAUGAGCUGGUCACGGAACUGCAGGUUAUUCUAUGGAGAACAGGAGCGGGGCGCUUAUUUGCCAGUUAGGGCGAUCCUCAAAGCCAUUCUGGUCGAUCUGGGAUUCGAAGGCUGGGUGAGCGCGGAAAUGUUCAACCGCACCCUUGCUGAACCGAGUCCGGCGGUGCCAGGGGAGCAUGCUCGACGAGCGGCAGUAGCGUGGCAGAAAGUGGUCGUGGACUGUAAGCUCGAGUCCUGUGUUGCGCAGCGGCCAGAGCAGGCUUGCAUGGCAGUUGAGCGACGUGCUUUGCUGUAA